GCUGCUACACUAGAGUCAGGGAGAACAAAGUUCCAAGCCAGAGCUAGGAAGGGCAUAUUCCUUGGCAUUCUGCCAGGAAUUAAAGGAUACAAAUUUUUUGAUUUGACCACCAAGCAAGUCUUUGCCUCAAGAGAUGUUUCUUUUAAUGAAACAAUCUUUCCUUUUGCCCCAUCUACCAUUUCACAACCAUCAACACCAUCUCCAUUAGCCACUAGCACUCCUCCUUCUGCUCCUUCCUUUUUGCCCUCUUAUCCUCACCAUCACACCCAGCACAUGAUCAUUUGCAUACAGGUCAUGAUUCAAAUAUUCAUACUGUUCCUACUGAACCACAGUCACAUGGUUUCAUUCCCUUUGAAACCAUGGAUGACCCUACUGCUGAGUUCCAAAGUGAAGAAGAAGCAGAAGGAGAAGGGGGGACUGACCUUGCACAUCAACCUACUCAAUCACCUAUUCCUUUAAGGAAAUCUGACAGGACAAGUCAUCCUCCCUUAUGGCAUCAAGACUACUUUGUUGGAACUUCUCAGAGCAAGUAUCCAAUGUCUUCCUACAUGAAUUAUUCACAGCUCAGUCAACAACAAAAACACUAUUCACUUGCAGUUACUAAUCUGCAAGAUCCACAGACAUUUGAUGAAGCAAUGAAGGAGGAAUGGUGGAGAGAAGCAGUUAGAGAAGAGUUAAGAGCACUGAUUGCUAAUCAUACAUGGGAUAUAGUGGAUUGCCCAGUUGGAAAGAAACUAAUAGGAAACAAAUGGAUCUUCAAGACUAAACUGUUAGCAGAUGGUGCAAUCGAAAGGUACAAGGCAAGACUUGUAGCUCAAGGAUUUACUCAAAUACCAGGAAUUGAUUUCCUGGAUACCUUCUCUCCAGUAGCAAAAAUCAACACCAUCAAAAUACUCAUGGCAGUUGCUGCUGUCAAGGAUUGGCAUUUAAGUCAAAUGGACAUCAGCAAUGCUUUUCUCAAUGGAGACCUAGAAGAAGAAGUCUACAUGAAAAUACCCCAGGGAAUUGAAGGAAUGGAAGGUAAGGCCUGCAGACUAAGGAAAUCCCUCUAUGGUUUGAAACAAGCUAGCAGGCAAUGGUAUGCCAAGCUAACUGAAGCAUUGAUUAGCUUUGGCUUUACACAAUCCUAUUCUGAUUAUUCACUCUUCACAAAGAAGAAUGAUAAAGGAAUUGCAGUGGUUCUAGUAUAUGUGGAUGACCUCAUCUUUUCUGGAGACAAUGAGGAGCUCAUUCAAGAGGCUAAAGACUUUCUGUCCAGGCAGUUCAAAGUAAGAGACCUUGGGAAGUUAAAAUACUUCCUAGGGCUCGAAGUAGCAAGAAGCAGCAGUGGAAUCUCGAUUACUCAAAGGAAGUAUUGUUUAGACUUGUUAAAUGAUACAGGCUUUCUCAAUGGGAAACCAAGCAAGACACCAUCAGACAUGAAGACUAGGCUGUCACAAUGCAGUGAUGAGCCAUAUAAAGAUCCACAUCAAUACAAGUCACUAAUCGGAAGGUUGGGAUACCUAACAACUACAAGACCUGACAUAGCCUUUGCUGUUUAGCAACUAUGUCAGUUUCAAGCUCAACCAAAAGCUUCUCAUCUGAGAGCAGCACACAGAAUACUGAGGUAUCUCAAAGGCACCCCAGGCCAAGGAUUAUUCUUUGCAUCAAACACAUAUUUCAACCUAAGAGGCUAUACAGAUUCAGACUGGGGGGCAUGUCCUGAUACAAGAAGAUCGAUCAGGGGCUACUGCACAUUUCUAGGGAGUUCAUUGAUCACCUGGAAAGCAAAGAAGCAAGCAAUAGUUUCCAAAUCCUCCUCGGAGGCAGAGUACAGGGCAUUAUCACAAAUGUCUUGUGAAAUCUAAUGGAUCACACAGGUGUUGAAAGAUCUAAGAAUUGAACACGAAGGACCAGCAACGGCAUACUGUGACAACAAAUCAGCGAUCCAUAUGGCAGAAAACCCAGUGUUCCACGAAAGAACUAAGCACAUAGAGAUCGACUGCCACAUCAUAAGAGAAAGGGUAAAAUCAGGUCUGAUAGAUUUGAGGUAUGUGUGUACUGACCGAAAUCUGGCUGACAUUUUUACGAAAGGACUCAGUGCACACCGCUUCAAAUGGAUUGUGUUCAAGCUGGGAGUAUAUGACAUAUACUCGCCAGCUUGUGGGGGGCUGUCAAGCUCCAUGGACAAGGAAGAAGAUGAAGACGAAGUUGAAUCCCCUGUUCUGCAACGGUCAAGUGAAGAAGGAGGGAAAGUUAGAACGCAGCGUUUUACAACAGAAAGGAAAGGCAGAGAGAAGAGUAAACGAUAGCGUUUUUG